CGCUUCCGCGUGUGUGUAGGCGCGGGAUAGGGCUGUCGGCGGUGGCGGUCCCGGCAUGGAGGAUGGCCCAGCUCCUGCUGCAGCUGACGGUGCUUGGCGCGGCGCUGGCGGCCGCAGCCCUCAUACUGAUUUCUAUUGUUGCAUUUAUCACUGCUACAAAAAUGCCAUCACUUCAUCUACAUGAAGAAGAGAAGUUCUUCUUAAAUGCCAAAGGCCAGAAGGAAACUUUACCCAGCAUAUGGGACUCACCUACCAAACAACUUUCUGUUGUUGUGCCUUCAUACAAUGAAGAAAAACGGUUGCCUGUGAUGAUGGACGAAGCUCUGAGCUAUCUAGAGAAGAGACAGAAACAAGAUCCUGCAUUCACUUAUGAGGUGAUAGUAGUUGAUGAUGGCAGUACAGACCAGACUUCAAAGGUAGCUUUUAAAUAUUGCCAGAAGUACGGAAGUGACAAAAUACGAGUGAUAACAUUGGUGAAGAAUCGUGGAAAAGGCGGAGCUGUUAGGAUGGGUGUAUUCAGUUCUCGAGGAGAAAAGAUCCUUAUGACAGAUGCUGAUGGAGCCACAAAGUUUCCAGAUGUUGAGAAAUUGGAAAAGGGACUAAAUGACCUACAGCCUUGGCCUGAUCAAAUGGCUAUUGCAUGUGGAUCUCGAGCUCAUUUGGAAAAAGAAUCAAUUUCUCAGCGUUCUUACUUCCGUACUCUUCUCAUGUAUGGGUUCCACUUUCUGGUGUGGUUCCUUUGUGUCAAAGGAAUCAGGGACACACAGUGUGGGUUCAAAUUAUUAACUCGAGAAGCAGCUUCACGGACAUUUUCAUCUCUUCACAUUGAACGAUGGGCAUUUGAUGUAGAACUGCUUUAUAUAGCACAGUUCUUCAAAAUUCCAAUAGCAGAAAUUGCUGUCAACUGGACUGAAAUUGAAGGUUCUAAACUAGUUCCAUUUUGGAGCUGGCUACAAAUGGGCAAGGACCUACUUUUUAUACGACUUAGAUAUUUGACGGGUGCCUGGAGGCUGGAGCAAACUCGGAAAAUGAAUUAGGUUGUUUGCAGUCUUUGAUUGUAUUCUUAUACUAUCAGUGUCGAAUUAUUUCAUUUGAAGUUCAAAUUUUGAAUAAAGCUAGAAUUAAACCUAUUGUCAUUGUC